CAUUCUCCCUUCGAACCCUUCCUCCUCUCUCUCUCUCUCUCUCAAAACAGACGCCUCCAUCUCUCUCUUUGUUAGCAUAUGCAAAAGCAAACCAAACCUUCCCCAAAUCAAUCAAUCAAUCAAUCUUAAUAAUCACACCAGUCAACGCCGGAAUUCUGACCGCUUUCCUAGGGUUCCGGUGAUGGCAUCAGAGGACGUGAAAACAAGCGAGUCUGCUGUUUCUACGAUUGUGAAUUUCGCUGAAGAGGCUAAACUCGCUCGUGAAGGCGUUAAAGCACCGGGACCCGCUCUUCUUAGUAUCUGCAAGUCUCUUGUAGCCGGGGGUGUAGCCGGUGGCGUGUCACGUACAGCUGUUGCUCCUUUAGAAAGACUAAAAAUACUUCUACAGGUUCAAAAUCCUCACAGUAUAAAAUACAAUGGAACCAUUCAAGGUUUGAAAUACAUAUGGAGAACUGAGGGCUUAAGAGGGAUGUUUAAAGGCAAUGGAACUAAUUGUGCUCGAAUUGUCCCAAAUUCAGCAGUCAAGUUCUUCAGUUAUGAGGAAGCAUCAAAGAGAAUAUUAUGGUUUUAUAGGCAGCAAACUGGAAAUGAUGAUGCUCAGCUUACUCCUCUUCUACGUCUUGGAGCUGGUGCAUGUGCUGGAAUUAUUGCCAUGUCAGCAACUUACCCAAUGGACAUGGUUCGUGGUCGGCUAACCGUCCAGACAGACAAGUCUCCCCGUCAGUAUAGAGGAAUUGCUCAUGCUCUCUCGACAGUCCUUAAGGAGGAAGGUCCUCGGGCUUUAUACAAAGGCUGGCUGCCUUCUGUAAUAGGAGUUAUACCAUAUGUGGGUCUUAACUUUUCUGUAUAUGAAUCUCUUAAAGACUGGUUACUCAAAACUAAUCCAUUUGGACUAGUUGAGGACAAUGAGUUGGGCGUGACAACAAGGCUUGCUUGUGGGGCUGCUGCUGGGACUGUCGGCCAGACAGUGGCUUAUCCUCUUGAUGUUAUCCGACGAAGAAUGCAGAUGGUUGGCUGGAAGGAUGCUGCUUCAAUUGUCACUGGUGAUGGAAGGAGCAAAGCACCUCUUGAAUAUUCUGGUAUGGUUGAUGCCUUCAGGAAAACAGUUCGCCAUGAGGGAUUUGGAGCAUUGUACAAGGGAUUGGUCCCCAAUUCAGUGAAGGUGGUCCCUUCGAUAGCAAUUGCAUUUGUGACAUACGAGAUGGUGAAGGACGUUCUUGGAGUUGAGAUGAGGAUAUCUGACUGAAGUAAUGAGAAGAAUAAAUCAUCAGAGUUUUGUUACUUUCAUUGCGAGGGAAACGAAAGUAAUGUUAGAGGGUCAGUUUUAGCCUUUUAGGGAUUAUCUACUUCGAGAGAACAAGAAAGUUUAGAAGCCAAUCUUUAGCCAGUGUUGAUAUUUCUCCCGUCUUAUACACAACUGUCUCCAUUUAAACCCAUCUUUAGUUUCUAGAUUUCUUAUUCUUACUCCUAUGGCAAUAAUUAUUUGUCGAAAUGAUAUGCAUAUCGGGUGCCUUUCUACUAGAUUAUUUGAAGCCAGUUCUAUUUGUGACAA